UCACAUGACUCCGGGAACAACAUGGCUGCGCCCGCGCGGGAGCCGGCUCUCCGCUGCUGCACCAGGCUGGCGCGGGUCUUCUUGCUGCUGAUGUUGGCGUGCGAGGCGGCGGGGAGCGAUGAGGCCGAGGCCGGGGAAGGUGCGGCGUCCCUCGCGGGCUCGUGCGGCUGCGGAACGCCCCAGAGGGCCGGGGCCCAUGGCAGCUCGGCGGCCGCGCAACGCUACUCCCGGGAGGCGAACGCCCCGGGCCUGACCUCGGGCCCACGAGCGCUCGCGCUCACCAAGAUGGUCCCCAUCCCUGCUGGAGUAUUCACAAUGGGCACAGAUGAUCCUCAAAUCAGGCAGGAUGGAGAAGCCCCUGCCAGGAGAGUCACCAUUGAUGGCUUUUACAUGGAUGCCUAUGAGGUCAGCAAUGCAGACUUUGAGAAGUUUGUGAACUCGACUGGCUAUCUGACAGAGGCUGAGAAGUUUGGAGACUCUUUCGUCUUUGAAGGCAUGUUGAGUGAGCAAGUAAAAACGCAUAUCCACCAGGCAGUUGCAGCUGCUCCAUGGUGGUUGCCUGUCAAGGGAGCUAAUUGGAGACACCCUGAGGGUCCAGACUCCACUAUUCUGCACAGGUCAAAUCAUCCGGUUCUCCAUGUCUCCUGGAACGACGCUGUUGCCUACUGCACAUGGGCGGGGAAGAGGUUGCCUACAGAGGCAGAGUGGGAAUACAGCUGUAGAGGAGGCCUGCAGAACAGGCUUUUCCCCUGGGGCAACAAACUGCAGCCCAAAGGACAGCAUUAUGCCAACAUCUGGCAGGGCAAGUUUCCUGUGAGCAACACUGGUGAGGAUGGCUUCCAAGGAACUGCCCCCGUUGAUGCCUUUCCUCCCAAUGGCUAUGGCUUAUACAACAUAGUGGGGAACGCAUGGGAGUGGACCUCAGACUGGUGGACCGUUCACCAUUCUGUUGAGGAAACGCUCAACCCAAAGGGUCCCACUUCUGGGAAAGAUCGAGUGAAGAAGGGUGGAUCCUACAUGUGCCAUAAGUCCUAUUGCUAUAGGUACCGCUGUGCAGCUCGAAGCCAGAACACACCAGAUAGCUCUGCAUCCAACCUGGGAUUCCGAUGUGCAGCUGACCACCUGCCCACUGCAGACUGACAGCCAAGAGGAGCUUUUCCAGAUUCAAGAAGGUGUUUCUUACUGGCCUCCCCCGGAAAUCUGAACUGAUCUCGUGUAAAGUAUUCCCAUUUGAGGAGGAUUCCAUGUCCACCCAGUGGCCAAAGGAACUGUCUCGCGUGACCAAAUGGCUGGCCAGUGUCAGCACUUGUGCUUUAUUGUGUGGUGUAUCUUUGGGGAUCAUCGCCAUGUUUUUCUUUGAAAGCCUUUUGAAGAGGAGAGAGCCGAGAACCAUGAGGUCCUGGCCAGGCUCUGCCACAGGGUCAGACCCUGGAGUCCAGCACCUUGCCUGCCUGGACCUCUGUCUCCUCAUGAAAUGAGGGAUGGGCGACGUGAUCUUUGAGGCUCUUUCCAACUCUAUUCGAACUAGCAGAUUCUGUUUGAACUAACAGAGUGGAUUGUGAUUGCAUAGUGAGAAUUUAUGACAGAUUAUUUUUUAGCUAUUUUUUUUGCCAUGUGUGAAUCUUGAGUAAUACUAAUCAUAUAAGGUAAGAGUUAUCUUACAUAUUAUUUUCAGAAAAGGGUGGGGUUUGUCUUUUAUAUUCAUACUGCACUUUGUUCUUUCAAGGAAAUCAGUGUCUUUUACAUUGUUGUGACAAAUCCCAUUGGGACAGCGAGGGGACACUCAAGUUUGGAGUUCUGAACACACAGGAAUGCCUGUGGAGUGACUCUACUGUCCUUUUUCUUUUGACAUUAAGUGCCUUUGGCUCAGAGGGAUAGUUUGAAGCCUUGUUUCCCCUUUGCCCCCCAAGCCUUCAAAGAAUGUGAAAUAUGUACUAAUUAGGGAAACCAUUUAAUUCUAGGUCUUUGGGUGUUGAUGGUAUGUAUUAUAUUGUAAUGCUAAAUCCUGUACCUGAAGGUCUAGGCCUGUGAGUGAAUUCUCACAUUUAUAAGCUUUUGUUGUGCAAACCUUGUUCCUUAAUUUAAAACUAUUGGUUAAAUAAAAUUGGCUACAGCCAAUUACUGGAGGGAUUAGAGAUAGGUGGGAUUUGAGUUACUUGGUUGGGUAUGGAGAGAGAGAGAGGAGAGAUCAAGGAGAGAAGAAGGAAGAAGAAGAUCGGAGGAAAUGCCAUGAAGAAGAUGGACCAUAAGCACGUGGCCAGGAGAAACUGCAAGUAUCUGGGAACACCACUGUGAGGCAACCAGGCCAGCAGUUAGAAAAGUAGAUUAGGGGUUACCUCCCAGUAAUUGUCAAAGCCAAAUAAAAUAACUAUAGCCUGAGUCGCAGUUCUUUGUAAGCCAGUCGGGGAUAAGCUUAUAUUGGGACCACAUGGGAGAAAAAGAACCAGGACUUCGAACAGACUCCAUUCAGGGUGUCUGAUAUAUCAUACCAGAGAGAUGCGAGAAGUCUGGUGGAUUUCGAGACAUCAGAUGCUUUGAAUCAUGUACUGUGUCAAAUAAACUAGUGCCUC